GUACCGAAAACAGGCUCAACGACGUUGACGAACGCGAUAAUGUACGAUUUAUGUCGUCAGAACAAUUUUCACGUUCUGCAUCUGAACUUGACAAAGAAUCGAUUUGCAAUGAAUGUCAUCGAUCAAAAACGAUUCGUUGAUAAUAUCACCCAGUGGACUGAUAUGCAUCCGGCCAUAUACCAUGGCCACGUUGCAUUCAUCAACUUCAACGUUUUUGGAUUGCCUAAUCCAAUCUAUAUCAACUUAAUACGUGAACCAUUGGAACGACUCUUAUCACAUUAUUAUUUCUUACGGUACGGUGAUAACUAUCGAGUUGGUUUGAAACGGAGUAGAGCCGGAAAUAACGAGACAUUCGAUGAGUGUGUGGAACGCGAAGGUAAAGACUGCGAUAUGAAGCAAAUGUGGUUGCAGAUUCCAUACUUUUGUGGUACUCAUCAUUUUUGUAGUGAAGUUGGUAGUGAACGAGCACUGGAACAGGCCAAAUUCAAUUUGGUGAAUCACUAUUUAUUGGUUGGUAUAAACGAACAAAUGAGGAAGUUCAUAUCACUUUUGGAACUCCUUUUGCCGCAGUUCUUUGAUGGUGCGCUUGAGCAUUUUGAUACACUCGAUGCUAAACACGCUCAUUUGCGUAGUACGAAAAAGAAGAUUCCACCACUGGAGAGUACACUGGAAAGAGUUCGAUCCGAUAAGAUUUAUACGAUGGAACGUGAAUUUUACGACUUUGCUGUUGAGCAGUUCGAGAACGUUUGGAAACGAACGCAUGACGAGAGUGGCGAAGCGUUUUUACCGCAACAAUUCCAUUACGAAAAAAUAAAACCCUAA